UAGUUUUCAAAAAUAAUUAAAUUUCAAAUUCAAAAAUUAAUUAAUUAAUUAAUGAAUCAAAAUCAUUCAAUCAAAGUUGGCUAUGUUUAUUCACGUGAACUAUUAUCGGUGUCAAAUCAAUUGCCACCAGUUAAAGGAAGGGCUAUUCUCGUACAUCAAUUGAUUGGUGCUUAUCAUUUGUUCGAUAAUUGUUAUCGUGUACAAGUGGAUCAACCAUUGGAUGAAAAUCAACUGCGUAAAUUUCAUUCAAUUGAAUUUUUGAAUUAUUUACGACAAAUUUCGAUAGAUUCAGAUAAAAUGGAUGAUGAUGAUGAAAAUGAUCAAUUUGGUCUCAAUUAUGAUUGUCCACCAUUUUCCGACAUGUUCAAAACGAUCGGAUAUUUAGCAGCAUCAAGUAUAGCUGCUGCUAAUGCCAUCAUUAGCGGACAAUGUUCAAUCGUUCUUAAUUGGUUUGGUGGAUGGCAUCAUGGCCAUCGUGAUGAAGCUUCGGGAUUUUGUUACACAAACGAUAUUGUAUUCGCUAUACUAACAUUUCUUGAGAAUGGAUUCGACAAAAUAUUGUACAUUGAUUUAGAUUUACAUCACGGUAAUGGUGUUGAACAGGCAUUUGUACAUACGAACAAAGUUUUGUGUUUAUCAUUACAUAAAUAUGAAUUUGGUUUUUUCCCGGACACUGGUCACAUCAAUGAUAUCGGUUUAUUUCGAGGCAAAUAUCAUUCAAUAAACAUGCCACUUCGAAACGGUAUCAAUGAUGAUCAAUAUAUUGAAAUAUUUGAUAAGAUAAUCAACAGGCUAAUACCAAAAUAUCAACCUCAAGUUAUCAUUUGUCAAUGUGGUGCUGAUGGUCUAAGCGGUGAUCGAAUGAAAUCAUUUAAUCUCACAUCUCGUACAUAUUUACAUUGUAUCGAAAAAUUAUUAGAAAUUCGAUUGCCAUUGCUUAUAUUAGGUGGUGGUGGUUAUCAUCACACAAAUACGGCUAAAUUAUGGACAUUAAUAACAGCCAAAGUUUUUGGCCAAAAAUUGAAUCCAAAUAUACCGGAUCAUGAAUUCUUUCUUUAUUAUGGACCUGAUUAUGAUCUAUCGAUAACAGAAUCAAUGUUACCGAAUGAAAAUGAUCCAGAAGAAUAUAAUGAAAAAUUGAAAAUUAUCUUGACGAAUAUUGAAAAAAUUCCGGCUUUCGUUCCAUUACGACCGACACCUGAUCCGAACAAUAAUGGAUCAUGGAUCGAUAAAUUUAAAAAUUUAAUCAACGUUUUAGAAAAAAAUCGUGGUGAAGAUGCCAUGUCCAUGGUGUUAUCAAUUUUAACGGCAAUCGGCGUCACAAACGUGGCAAUCUAUACAGCAUUCGGAAUGUUUUCUUGGCCUGUCAGCCUAAUAAAAGGAACAAAAAGUGCACGAACGCAGCUACAAGAUAUUGAAGAUCGUCAUCUCAAUAAUUCUUUCAAUAUAAAUAGUUUGAGAGAAAAAUUACGAACGACCGGACAUUUAACCGAACGGGAAAUGAAUCGAUUGCGAAGUUUAGAAGAACAGGAACGAAUGACUUCUCUUGAAGAAUCAUAUGUAAUUGAAUAUCGUGAAAGUUAUUUCUAUCGAUUACGAUUUUUAUUCAGACCGAUUCAAAUAUUUUUCGGUACCAUUAUUUUAUUGAUAUCGAUUUUAGUAUGGAUCUCAUUAUUGAUUACAAAUGUAGACAAAGCUUUUCAUUCGUUGGGUAUGCAUAUGGGCUAUGCAUUGGUCAAUUCAACAUUUCCAAAUCCGAUCAAUUUUAUUCUAUCCGAACUACAAACCGUUUAUCCAUUAGAUUACAUUCUAAUUCUGAUUCUCAGUUUUUCAUUAGUUAUGUACACCAUAUCAGGUUUUAAACAUAUUGGAAUCAGAUUUUUAUGUAUCAAGUUAUACAAAAUCAAACCAAGAAAAACAGCACCACAAGCUAUAUUGUUAUUGUUCGCAUUGAUCAUGUUGGCUAUACUUGGCAUCAAUGUUCUCUUCUAUUCGGCUUUUCCACAAUAUGCUACAUAUGGUCGACAAUUUUAUGAAGAUGUUUCAGCUAAUCAAACGUUGACUAAAAUCUGUACUUUGGAUUCACCAAAAGAUUCAUGCACAAUGACACGAAUGAGUGCAUUGUUAUUACGAUUCUUUUACAAAGCCUGGUUUUUCGGUGCUUAUUAUUAUUGGAUGAUGUGGACUUUUUUGAUCGUUUCACUUUGUUCAUUCAUUUAUGUUUCAUUACGACCAAAACAGACGGUUACCCAAGGAUUAUUGGAAAAUGAUUUCGAAAAUGAGGAUGCUUGAUCAUAAUCAUAAUAUUUUCAUUCACUUUUCAUUAAUUCAUGAUUAUGAACUUUCAAUAAAUUUUGAUUUGACGAGUAUAUCAUCAUCAUUUGAAUAAUAAAAACUUAUAACCAUGUAAAAUAUGAAAUG